AGAGAGAGAGAGAGAGAAGGUUCUGCUAGUCACUGCAGACACGGUCUCUCCCUCUAUUCACGCGCAGUGCACAUGCCUGGCGAUGCUACAGCGGUUCCUCCUCCCUUAUGUAUUGGACUGUACAGCUACAAGAGGCGGGAGAUGCGCAUCAGCAACCCGCUACCCGCCGAAGCUCCCUUCACUUCAGGACGGAAGAGACUAAAUGUGGAUGCAUUCAGGUGCAAACUUGCAUGAACUAAAAAAUAGUCCAUGCCGGGGUUUCGGGAUGUUAGAUAGCUGCACGUAGCCUUUUCUAGGGCUAUAUUUCACUGUUGGACGAGGGAUUCGGCGGCGUCCUCAGCUGUUGCAUUUGGGGGCUGAAGUGUCAGGCAACUAUGCGAUUUGAUUUCGAACGGUAAUUCCGGAUCAGUUUGACUUGUGCGGCUGAUGCGAGCGGAGGUUGACUGUCAGUGCCCUCUGAGUUGUAUUUCAAGCCUGUUGUCGCCGGUAUUCCCGACAACGGAACCGUAGGGAUGGAAAAAGCUAGUCAGCCACAGCUUUCGCUGUCCAUAACAAAGAGUGAAAGUCCAGCGGAGGACAUCUCAAAUAUACAGGACGAGGACCUUCUCAAGUGGACCAAAGAGGAUUUGGUGCGGCGGCUCCGGCGGUCUGAAACCGAUAAAAUGAGCGUGAUACUGGACCACAGCAAUCUGAUCCGCGAGGUCAAUCGCAGCCUCCAGCUACACUUGAACGAAAUAAGAGGGCUGAAGGACAUCAACCAGAAACUGCAGGAGGACAACCGGGAGCUGAGGGACCUGUGUUGCUUCCUGGAUGACGACCGUCAGAAGGGCAAGCGGGUGUCCAGGGAGUGGCAGCGACUGGGGCGCUACAGCGCCUCCAUCAUGAGGAAGGAGGUGACGUUGUACCUUCAGAAGCUCAAGGAGCUGGAGUUGCGGCAGGACGAGGUGGUCCGGGAGAACCUGGAUCUCAAAGAACUCUGUUUGUUACUCGAUGAGGAGAAAGGUGGAGGAGGAGGAGGUGGUGGAGGGGUGGGGGUUGUUGGUGUAGGAGGAGGAGGAGGAGGGGGGGGGGGUUGUGUGGUGGGGGUGGCAGGAGGGUGUAGGAAUUCUAUCGAUAGCCAGAGUAGUUUGUUGCUGGUCCCCGGGACAGGGUUGUUGAUGAGGGACGUGGGGGAUGGGAGUAGUACGUCUAGCGCGGGGAGCGCCGACAGCUCCGAUCACCCCCACCACAAGCAGCUCCACCUGGUUACACACGCCGGUAGCCUCGGGGGCGGUGGAACUGGGAGCCCGGAGCAUCUCCAAAAGCCCCGGGCUGGCAGUGUGAGUGGAGAACGUGAGAUCCCCUCCAGCCCUGAACCUCCUCACCCCCAGGGCAGGCACCGUAGCACCAGCCUGGAGUAUCCCUACGCCAUGCCCCAGCUCUGCCGGCCCCGCUGCGGCUCCAUCUCGGUGCCCGACCACACCCAUAGCGCCCGUUCCAUGCGGGGGCUCAGCCCCGAGAAGUACGGCCGCAACGUGGGACGCCGGAGCCCCGAGUCCCAGCACCCAUCCACCAAGCACCACCACCUCCACAGCUCCGACCUGCUUCUCUCCCAGAAACAGCAGCACCUCCUUGGGUCGGGUCAGGGCGGCAGCGCCGGGGAGCUCUACCAGAGGCACCACAGGGGGAGCAUCGGGGGCGGUAGCUGCUGUGGAAGCCCCGAGCCCAGACAGGCACAUCUAGGGUUGGGGACGCCAGAGCACCAGCACCAUGAGAAGGGCUGUGUGAUGUCGGCCGGGGGCAGUCCAGAGACUCACAGGCACCAGUAUAGUGGGAGUCCAGACCACAUGAAGUUCGGCAGCCCUGGGAGAGAGGUACAGAAGAGACCGGCCACCGCUGAAGAGUUGUCACCGCAUCACAGGAGCAUCUACAACGGCAUGAACGCUUUGAUGUCAGCUGGAUGCUGUACCACCAACUGUAGAAAUGUGAAAAUAUGGGACAGCUUCGAUGCCUCUUCUUGACAACACUGCACCCCAGCUGGGACGUUUGGGGUGAGACGUACCUCCUCAACGGCGGGAUAAGGAGGGUCCAACACUCCUGCUGCCCUGGCCCAAACAGACACUAGGACAACUGGACAACCCUCUCCAAGAUCCUGAUGGUCUGUCCCAUCCGUCCUCAUAUACUACUAUGUUUUCAUUUCAACAUAUCUAGAGUUCGGGACAAUUUGGGGGAAAACUUUGGAAUGCUACUAGGACGAAUGGAUGUCAUUCCCAAAGACUGCCACAGCUAAAUGGAUGAGAGCGAGACUGGAUACCGCAUAUGAGCUCCCUGCCAACCACCAAGACAUGGUCCUACCUCCCAGAGAGGGAAAGAAGCAGGGGAAGAAGUGAAAAGAAGGAGAGAAGAAGAGGACCACUCCUCUCAGCUCAUCAGUCUGGGGUUCUCCCCCCCCCCCCCCCCCCC